AUGGGUCUGACAAAACAGUACCUGCGCUAUGUACAAGAUGCAGUAUUUGGUCUGGUCGCUAGUCAGAAAUCCAAUGUGGUGUUCAUGGAGCUAAAGGGAAUGAGGGGGCGCCACUGUGCUGUAGGAGUGUGUGAAGAUGUCAUCAUUUGGGAUGUGCGCACCGGGGAAAAGUACAUGACACUAAAGGGAGACAAGCAUGAAGUGACAAAGAUAGCCCGCUCUCCAGACCGACGCCACAUGGCAGUUGGGUACAAUGAUGGCAUGGUUCGUAUAUUUGACAUCUCAUCAGGAGAAGCAACCAUUAACUUCAGUGGACACAAGUCUACAGUGACAGCCUUACAAUAUGAUGUUAAAGGGCUUCAUCUGGUAUCAGGAGCAAAGGACACAGAUGUUAUUGUAUGGGACAUAGUCAGUGAGAGUGGUCUAUAUCGACUCAAGGGUCACAAGGGCAUGAUCACCCAGGCCAGGUUUCUGUCAAAAAACAAUGUGCUGGUCACAAGUUCAAAAGACACAUUUGUGAAGUUUUGGGAUCUAGAUACCCAGCAUUGCUUUCAUACGUUGGUUGGACACAGGACAGAGGUACAUGACUUUGUCAUCACACGUGAUGGCCACAGGAUUGUAACAGGAUCAGGAGAUAGUGAAUUACGUGUUUGGGAUAUCAAUUACAUCACAGAACAGGCUGGACAACAGGAUGAUGAUGAACCACAGAACAAACGGAGAAGACUUCAAGUACCAGACAAUGAUGCGUCUGAUGGUGAAGAGGAAUCAGAAGACAGUGAUGAUUUGACUAUCCUCCGCUGUUCCAAAGUUGGCUCCAUCAUGAGACAAGGUCGUGAUAGAGUGGUUUCCAUGACAACAGAUGAAUCAGAUCAAGUUCUCCUCUGUCAUGGUAAUGAUGCUUUAGUUGAGGUGUACAAACUUCCAUCUGAACAAGAAUUGAGUAAGCGCCAGAGUAAACGACAGAAGAAACUAAACAAAAAGUCAAAAGCUGAUGGGGAGGAGGGAGAGGUCAAGACAGCAGAACUCACUCUGGAGGAUGAAAUACAGAAGGUUACCUGUAUCAAGAUGACCUCUAAGGUAGCUUCAGUUGACGUGGUGCUGGAGGAAAGUUCACAGGCCAAGAUGGUGGCGGUUUUAAACAACAACUCACUUCAGACGUGUUCGUGUAACAUUGAAGUGAAGAAGUGUACUGCAGAGAAUGUGAAGAAUUUGACCAUUCUUGGUCAUCGCACAGAUGUACGGACAGUGAGUUUUAGCUCAGACAACACAGCUAUACUAUCUGCCAGUGGUGAGACUGCCAAGAUCUGGAACAGAUCGACAUUGCAGUGUAUUCGAACUAUGCCCUGUAGUUACGCCCUGUGUUCCACCUUUGCUCCUGGCGACAGACACAUUAUCAUAGGCACCAAGAAUGGUAAACUACUGAUAUUUGACAUUGCCAGUGGAUCUCUACUGGAGAGUAUAGACGCUCACAGUAAAGAGGUGUGGUCUUUAUCUAUGACCCCCGAUAAGCGAGGAAUUGUGUCAGGCAGUGCUGAUCAGCAAGUCAAGUUCUGGAAUUUUGAGCUAGUCAGUGACACAGAUAAUUCUAGUACAAGUAAACGUUUGACUCUGGAACAUUCACGCACAUUACGUAUGGAUGAGGAUAUCCUGGCAGUUCAGUGCAGCCCUGACAACAGAUUGAUAGCAGUAUCCUUGCUGGACAAUACAGUUAAAGUCUUCUUUACUGACACACUUAAGUUUUUCCUCUCCCUGUAUGGACACAAAUUGCCUGUCCUCUGUAUGGAUAUCUCCACAGACUCCACACUGCUGGUGACUGGCUCAGCUGACAGAAAUACCAAGAUCUGGGGCCUGGACUUUGGGGACUGUCACAAAUCUAUCUUUGCUCAUGAUGACAGCAUCAUGUGUAUAAAGUUUAUACCACGGACACACCUGUUCUUUACUGGGGGUAAAGAUGGCACCAUUAAACAGUGGGAUGCUGACAACUUUGAAAGUAUUGUCACCUUAAAGGGACAUCAUGCAGAGAUCUGGUGUAUGACCACAAGCCCAAGCGGUAAUUUUCUGGUGACGGGGUCCCAUGAUAAAUCCCUUCGUCUGUGGGAGAAGACACGGGAGCCACUGGUACUGGAGGAUGAAAGAGAAAUGGAGCGAGAAAAAGAGUAUGAGGAGAGCGUGGGACAAACAGGGGAGCCUGUGGUUCCUGGGGAGACCAACACAGAAGUGGCAAUGGCUGGACGUAAAACUGUGGAAACUGUCAAAGGGGCUGAGCGUUUGAUGGAGGCCCUGGAGCUCUAUAAAGAAGAAACUGAAAAAUUACAACAACACCUGGCUGAGUGUAAACGAGCUGGAAAACAGUUACCUAUGCCUCCCCUCCAUCCAAUGCUGAUGGCUUUUUCUGUGGAUACUCCACUCAAAUACAUGCUGGAGGUGCUCAAAAAGAUCAGGUCAAGUGAACUGGAGGAAAGUCUUCUGGUGCUGCCCUUUAACUAUGUGAUAGACCUCAUACAGGUUAUGGACAUGUUUCUAGAGAGAGGCUGGCAUGUGGAGCUCACCUGUCGUGUCCUCUUCUUCCUACUAAGAGUACACCAUGGCCAGGUGACGUCCAGUCCUGUCCUUAUGCCUAUCAUUGACAGACUACGAAGCAGCACUCAGACCAAGGUUAACCAAAUCAGAGAUCGAAUUGGAUUCAACAUGAGUGGACUUCAGUUCUUACAGCAACAUGUGGACAAAUCAGGGGAGGUCAUGCUCUUCAAGGAUGCCACACUUAAACACAAAAACCGAAAGAAGAAGCAGAAAGUAACACUAGCUAUCAAAACCUGACAAAAAGCUGGAUUUUUUUGUUGUAUUUUGUGGCAUUUUUUGUAAUUUUGUCUUUAUUGGUAAAAAGAAACAUCAAUGGAGAAUAUGUUGGUAAGAUUAAGGAAAUCUGGUUAUUGUUCAGCUUCUUUUCUGGAAAACAUACAGAAUCUGCAAAUUGUUUUGUUAACAUGAUGAGGUAGGAUGAAGAGUAAAUAAAACAAAAGGAAAUUGGUA